GCCAAAUCAUAUGGAAGAUCUGCCAGCCCUUGCCGUGCGUCCCACUUCGCAGGCGGUUCUGGGUCGACACGGCCAAAAGUCAUCCUUCGAGCUUGGUACUGACGGAGGACCAACAGUUCAAUCCUGCUGACAGCGUCGGGCUGAUAGUGAGUAUCCAAGGGAUCUCAAAGAUCGACUUGGUGAACUUCUAUUGGGGCGGCCAUGUCAGUGUGACGAUGAAGGUUCCUGCUGCGGUUUUCCUCCGUGACUUCGGCCCUUCCCUCGAAGCUGCUACCAAGAAGGCAUUGCAAGAGGUUAUUGAUGCUCCGGUGAUCCAGCAGCAGGCGAUAAGCCACCUGGAGACCGCGUUGGCGGCGGAGUUUGAGGCAUGGCGCAAAGGCACAUCCCGGAAGGAAGACGAUGCGUUUCAGCCACUUCCAGACCAGCCAGAUGCAGAAAAUUUGAUGCGCUACAUGCGCAUUGCCGUCGUCAAUUGGCACAGGGAGAUGGGUGAGGAGCCAUAUCCGAAAAUUUCGGGUGAUGACAAGCUUUGGUUCAACCCUGAAAGCAAGAUGAUUGAAGCCCGCUGGGAUGUGGAGUCUCUGUGGUACAACAUCCCCUCCUUGCGCAGCUUUCCGUUCGACACGAACGAAAUGUGUGCGAUUUUUUGGACGAGGAUGUGGCGAAAAGUUCGCAUCAUCGAGUUCGGCCGUUCCUAUGCUUUGGGCACCAGCUUCCAGGAGUUUGAUGUUUUGGGCUUCCGGGGAGAUCCUCAACCACUGCGUGGAUGGGACCCUUACAUCUGCGAGAGCAAUGUUGUUCCAAACAGAGCGCGGGCGGGCGAUAACGAACUGAUGUUCUACGGACGAUUCUGGGUUCGACGAAAGCCGUUCUAUUUCAUCGUGGCUCUGCUCUUUCCUACUGCCGUGGUGACCUUCAUGGGCGCCAGUGCGAUCCUCAUCGCAUCAGGUGAAGCACCCAACUCAAUCGUGUUGGGAGGCGAAUCUCCCUUAUCCCUGGUCGCUGGCCUGAUGCUGACUCUGGUGGCCAUGAAGUUCUCCUACGCGGAUAGCGUCCCGAAGCUUGGCUACCUGACAAUGUUGGACACUUACAUCGCCGUCAGCUUUUUCUUUCUGACGGCAGCCGCGAUGUUGAUUGUCCUUCUCCCUGAGGAGUCGCUACAAGACCUUGGUGCUGCAGCUAUUUUUGCCGGCCUCUGUUUGCUGUUCAAUGUCGCCUAUUUCGCAGUUGCAUAUCGCGAAUUCCGCAUUCCUGGCGAGCACUCCCCAAGCUUGACGUUUCCGGCA